CAGCAAAAUCUCCAGUAGUCCUUUCUCCAAUUAUCUCUGCGGUAGCAUCUGUUCUGCAAAAUGGGGCUUUUCUGGUUGGAAGCUGUUCUUCCGCUAGGAAUCAUUGCUGGAAUGCUCUGUGUGGCUGGAAAUGUUCAGUAUUACAUCCACAAAGCUGCUCAUGGCAGGCCGAAGCACAUCGGUAACGAUGUCUGGGACGUGGCCAUGGAGAGAAGGGACAAGAAGCUCAUGGAGAUGUUCUCUUCAGCCCAAAAUUAGGAGUGUUGUCAUUGGAAUCGUUUGAUCGUUUGGAAGGGAAUAAAGUGCACAUGUUAUCUGCAGGAACUGCUGAACGGUUGUUUCAAUUGCACCUACGAUAAACUUUCCAUUUCCUUUUAUAUUUCAUGUGGUAUGAAUAUGCUUUACUUUUAUAAAAUCUCUAGGAGUUCUGUUUGUUGUGCCCCAAAUGCAAGUACUAAGGUU